UAGACCAGAGAUGACUUUCUUGGUCAAGUGGAUAUUCCUCUUUACCAGUUGCCGACAGAAAAUCCCCGGUUGGAGCGACCAUAUACAUUUAAAGACUUUAUUCUUCAUCCCCGAAGUCAUAAAUCUAAAGUCAAGGGAAAUCUUAGGUUAAAAAUGAGUUACUUACCGAAAAGCAGUGGAUCAGAGGAAGAAAAUACAGAGCAAGGCGAAGAGCUGGAGCCCGGCUGGAUUAUCUUGGACCAACCAGAUGUUCUUUGCCAGCCACAACAGCAAGAUUCUCCACUACCUCCAGGUUGGGAAGAGAGACAAGAUAUCCUUGGUAGAACGUAUUAUGUCAGCCAUCAAUUUAAAAGAACACAGUGGAAAAGACCUACUAUUCAGGAUGGCACUGCUGGUCCAGAAAGCGGGAACGUGCAGUUGGAAGCACAACGUGCAUUUAAAACUCGAAGGCAAAUCUCUGAGGAAACAGAAGGUCCAGAAGCAAGAGAUUCUCCAGAGAGUUGGGAAAUUAUAACCGAGGAUGAUUCCACUGUAUACAGCAACCACAGUACUCAACCACACUCAUUAUCUAGCAGUGACCUCCAAACACAAGUUACUGAUGAGCUCAAUGCAAGGCUUCACAUAUCUGGGAAUACUGCCAGUGGCAGGCAGAGCUCAAGCAUUGUGAAUUCCAGCAGAAGAGGGAGCUUGCAAUCUUAUACACAGGAAGAACUACCUACGUUACCAGUUUUAUUGCCUACCUCCUGUGGAUUACCCCCUGGUUGGGAGGAAAAACAAGAUGAGAAAGGAAGGUCAUAUUACAUAGAUCACAACACAAGAACAAACUACGUGGGAGAGGCCUGCAGUACAGGUACCAGUGGAAAUGGCACAGGCACCCUCCGUACAGAGUAUCACCACCAGUCGUCAGGUUCAAAUACCAGCAAACGAAUCUUCAAAACUGUCAGUGGACCGGGAUCAGGGCUUCCUCCCCAAAGGCUGGGAAAUGCGGCACGCACCAAAUGGAAGACCUUUCUUCAUAAAUCAUGUCACUAAAACUACUACAUGGGACGAUCCAAGGUUGAGAAUUCCAGUUCAGCUAAGGCCAAAGCCACCACCCACUGAUCUCUUAGACCUGGGACCACUACCACCUGGCUGGGAAGAGCGAACACAUACAGAUGGCAGAGUCUUUUAUAUUGACCACAACACAAAGAAAACACAGUGGGAAGAUCCACGAUUACAGACUGCAGCAAUAGCUGGGCCAGCUGUGCCUUAUUCACGGGAUUACAAAAGAAAAUAUGAAUAUUUCCGGAAAAAGUUAAAGAAGCAGCUUGAUAUUCCUAAUAGGUUUGAAAUGAAGUUGCGUCGUACAGCCAUAUUUGAAGACUCCUACAGGAGGAUAAUAGCAGUGAAAAGGCCUGAGUUCCUUAAAGCACGACUCUGGAUUGAAUUCGACAAUGAGAAAGGCUUGGAUUAUGGAGGAGUUGCUAGAGAAUGGUUCUUCCUAAUUUCCAAAGAAAUGUUCAAUCCUUAUUAUGGCCUCUUUGAAUAUUCAGCAACUGAUAAUUAUACAUUGCAGAUAAAUCCAAACUCUGGCCUGUGCAAUGAAGACCAUCUUUCCUAUUUCAAAUUUAUUGGCCGUGUGGCUGGGAUGGCAGUCUAUCAUGGAAAGCUGCUAGAUGGGUUCUUCAUCCGACCAUUUUAUAAAAUGAUGCUUCAGAAGGCAAUAACACUGACGGACAUGGAAUCUGUGGACAGCGAGUAUCACAAUUCUCUCCAGUGGAUACUAGAAAAUGACCCCACUGAAUUAGACCUACGGUUCACUGUAGAUGAGGAACUUUUUGGACAGACUCAUCAACAUGAUCUUAAGCCUGGUGGAGCCGAGAUUGUAGUCACCAACAAAAACAAGAGAGAAUAUAUACAUUUGGUCAUCCAGUGGAGAUUCGUGAACAGGGUGCAGAAGCAGAUGAGUUCCUUUAAAGAGGGCUUUUUUGAACUGAUUCCCCAGGAUCUCAUUAAAAUAUUUGAUGAGAAUGAAUUGGAGCUCCUCAUGUGUGGAUUGGGAGAUGUGGAUGUCAACAAUUGGAGAGAAAAUACAAAGUAUAAGAACGCUUACUCUCCUGGACAUCAAGUUAUACAGUGGUUUUGGAAGGCAGUGCUAAUGAUGGAUGCUGAGAAGAGAAUUCGAUUGCUUCAGUUUGUCACUGGUACCUCCAGGGUACCUAUGAAUGGAUUUGCUGAGCUUUAUGGCUCAAAUGGACCACAGUUGUUUACAGUUGAAAAAUGGGGCUCCCCAGAAAAGCUUCCCAGAGCACACACAUGCUUUAACCGGUUGGAUUUACCUCCGUAUGAGACUUUUGAAGACUUGUGGGAUAAGUUACACAUAGCAAUUGAAAAUACUCAAGGUUUCGAUGGGGUGGAUUGA